AUGGGCACGAUUCCAGGACCUGGCGAAACGGCUAUAGCACGAUACAUCUCGGCGUGGCUGCAACAUCGUGGACUGGAAAGUCACUGGAUCGAGCCGACAAAAGGCCGACCAUCCAUAGUAGGUGUCUCAUACGACACAGGUGGUGCCAAAAGUCUUAUGCUCAAUGGUCACAUCGGCACCGUCACUCUGAUGGGCUACGAAGGGGACCCUUUGAGCGGCAAGAUCGAGGAUGGCAGACUAUACGGUCGCGGAGCAGCGGACAUUAAGUGCGGUAUUGCCGCUGCAAUGAUUGCCCUGGCAGAUUCUGCGAAGCUUGGUCUAUGUGGCGACGUGAUCCUUACACCUGUCGCAGAUGAAGAAGACCUCAGCAUCGGCACGGAAGAUGUGCUCAGAGCUGGGUGGACAGCAGAUGCCGCAAUCGUGAACGAGCCGACCGAUCUGCACAUCGUACACGCCCAUAAAGGCUUCGUGUGGCUAGAAGUUGACAUCUUUGGAGUUGCAGCACAUGGCUCUCGGGCUGAUCUUGGUGUUGAUGCGAUCGCUAACGCAGGCUACUUCCUGGUCGAACUCGAUCGACAUGCAGAGGACCUUCGCCACACGAACCCUGACUCCUUAGUCGGACCUCCUACCAUUCAUGCCUCUAUGAUCAAGGGCGGAGAAGGAUCAUCAUCGUAUCCUGCCCUCUGCAGCAUCACAAUCGAGCGACGGACACUAGCUGGCGAGGAUGCAAAAUCAGUAGAGACAGAGAUGCGCACCAUCCUUGAAACCCUCCAUGGUCGCGUGCUGGACUUCAAAUACGACUUGAGGACGGCUUUUGAACGACCAUCAUAUCAACUUCCUCGGGAUCAUCCUUUCUGCGGUCUGGUUGAGAACGUCGUCAGCCGUUCAAGGAGCCAAAGUCCCCAGUUCGAGGGCGUACCUUACUGGACAGAUGCUGCUCUGCUGGCCGAGAAAGGGAUUGCAAUACUUUUGUGGGGUCCUACUGGAGAAGGACUUCAUGCAAAGGAAGAAUGGGCUGACGUCCAAUCGUUUCGCACUGUAGCUGAAGCGUUGAAGAACAUCGCGGCGGAGUUUUGUCGCUAG